AUGUUUAGCGGACCAGACUAUGAUACUGGAAUCAAUGAUCAAUAUGUGACGGUGAAGAUGCUAAUGGAGGAGGUUUACACCAAGUCGUGCGAAUGCCGUCUCUGGGCGUUGGUUCGUUUGACAGCAGGACUCCUGAACAAGCGUCUUGAAGAACUGGGAAAAGCUGUCACCCAUCUCCUUGUUCGUCAGAAGCAAAUAACUGUUGGCUUGCCAUCAAAAAAGGAGGAGGCUAUCACGAGUCCUAAGACGAACGAGGAGCUCAAAGAAAUCAUGCAUCGAGCUUACUCCGAUGAUCCAAACGCUUUUACUCUGAGUCAGGAACUGAUCGUUGCGCUUGGAUCUCUUGUAAGAACAGAGCCAAAACUCUUCGUUGAAAUGUUUAGAUUACGAAUUGGACUCAUUAUACAGGUUUUGGCAUCCGAAUUGGCGCGGAUCAGAAACCUUUCUGCAGCAGAUGCCGCAGAAAACUUGAUGACCAUAAGCCCUUUCGAACUUAAAUCCAUGUUGUUUUCGCUACUCAGUGGAAGACUUCUUGAGGAGUGA